GUCUCCGGGACAGCCUCUCCUCUCACACAUCAUCUAAACUCACCGACCCGGGGGAGAAAGUAACUCACCUGCGAGCACGCAGAGCCAGCGCCAUUUUUUGCGGCUUUUUUUUUUUUUUUUUACCCCCCGACUUCCGAAUUCUUUCCUUUGUGUGUACGGGCGCCGACUGUCAUGGAGACCCCGCGAUCGAGACCCGGACACAACUCAUUUUGCCACACCUGCAGGAAAUCGGAGGAAAGCCGAAGGAAGGCGAAGAAGGCGUCCCGGUCCGGCCGAUGGUUGCUGUUCGCGUUGGCUCUCACCUUCUACGCGGUGGAGAUGACCUCGGCCGAGACGUUGUGCGGGGGCGAGCUGGUGGACGCGCUACAGUUCGUCUGCGAAGACAGAGGCUUCUAUUUCAGUAGACCCACCAGCAGGGGGAACACCCGGCGCACCCAGAACCGCGGGAUCGUGGAGGAGUGUUGUUUCCGUAGCUGUGACCUCAACCUUUUGGAGCAGUACUGCGCCAAACCCGCCAAGUCGGAACGGGACGUCUCCUCCGCCACCUCCCUGCAGACGGUAGCGGCCGUGCCGCCGUUAAAACAGGAAGCCCCGAGGAAGCCGCCGCCGCACGUGGCCGUCAAGCACUUCCGAUACGAGCAGUGGCAGCGCAAGGCGGCCCAGCGUCUGCGGAGGGGCGUGCCGGCCAUCCUUCGCCCCAAAAAACUGCGACGGCAGCAAGCGGAGAAGAAGAAAACCCCGGAGGAAGGUCGUCUCCGUCCCCGUCCCCACCGGUCCCUCAUCAGCAAACUGCCGCCCCUCAACCACAAAUGAGCCCGUCCGUCGACACGCGCCUGACAAAACGGGAUUAUAGCUUUGUCGUUCGGACCGGAGCGGCAAGCCCCGCCCCCCGGCCCUUUCUCGUCCAUGCCUUCGCAUUCUUUUUCCGCUCGGAUUGUUUUUUUUUUUUCCUCUUUUUUUUUUGUUUAAUCCUCCUGGAAAACCAAGUGACGAGAAGCUCGCGCGACAGAAUCCAUUCCGCCAUUUUUCUUUUUUUUAGUUUGCACCUCUACCUAUAAAGGGACUUCCACACUGUAAGGAAUUAUUUUGUAAAAUUAGAUUCCUGUUCCAGCACCUUUUUUUGAUCACAAACAAACGCAGAAAAAGCGAAAUUGCACAAUGCCACGGAUUACGUCAAAGUAAAAGAAAAAAAUAUAUGGCACUAUUUUUUUAUGGACAAACGAACGUGUCGCUUCUAAAAUGCCACGGUGCUAGCUUUGGGAAAAAAAAGACUCAAAGAAGAGGUGGAAAAGCACGUUUGGUUUUUCUUGGACUAUCUUAUAACUUUCCGUUUUAAGGAAAGUGGGAUUCUUUUUCACAAAAAAAAAAAAAAAAAAAGAAAGAAACAAAAAAAUAAACGGAGACAAACGGGAGAGCCGGAAAAAAGGAUGACGGGAAGCGCUAGCUAGCGCUAGCCAGCGCAGCUGGCUUCCUAACUACCUGAGGAUGAGCUAACUAGUGCUAGCCAGCUAGCUAGCUACCAGGAACGCUCCGAUGGGCUAGCUAGCUACCUGGAAUGAGGGACCCCCUUGGCGCCGCCCCUUUCUAUUUUGGACUGUACACCACUUCCAGCAGAAUCCUUCUGAUGGGAAGUGCCAACUAGCCGAGCUAGCCUACUCGGCUAGCUACCUGGAAAAUGACACCCUCUUCCGGUUUGGGACUGUACGACAAAGUCCUUCCAAUGGGAAGCACUAGCUAGCAGAGCUAGUUAGCUACCCUAGCUACCCCUUGGCUCCACCCCUUCUGGAUCGGGACCAUACGACACUUCCGGGACAGUCCUUCCAAUGGAAAGCGCAAGCUUGCUCGACUAGCUAGCUAACUAGCGACUCAGGACGAGGGACCGUCUUGGCUCCGCCCCUUCUGGAACGGGACCAUACAACACUUUCUGGACAGUCCUUUUAAUGGGAAGCUUGCUCGGCUAGCUAGCUAGCUACCCGGGACGAGGGACCCCAUUGGAUCCGUCCCUUCUGGAUCAGUAUCGUACGACACUUCCGGGACAGUCCUUCCGAUGAGAAGCGUGAGCUUGCUUGGCUAGCUAGCUACCCGGGACGAGGGACCCCUUUGGCUCCGCCCCUUGAGGAUCGGGACUAUACAACACUUUCUGGACCGUCCUUCCGAUGGGAAGCUUGCUCAGCUAGUUAGCUAGCUACCCGGGACGAGGGACCCCCAUUGGCUCCGCCCCUUCUGGAUCAGUACCGUAGCUUGCUCGGCUGGCCGGGACAAGGGACUGCUUUGGCUACGCCCCUUCCGGUUUGGGGUUGCUCGACACAUCUGGGACAGUCCUUCUGAUGGGAAGAGCUAACUAACGCAGCUAGCUACCCAGGAUGAAUGUCCCAUUGGCUCCACCCUUUCCAGUUUGGGACUGUACGACACUAGCGGCACAGUCGUGCUAGCUUGCUACGACUAACCCCGUUGGCCCCGCCCCUUCCAGCUUGGGAUCAUUCGACACUUGGGACCAUCUUUCUGAUGGGGAGUGCUAGCUUGCUCGGCUAGCUAGCUACCUUGAUCAAAGGACCCUCUUGGCUCCGCCCCUCCCAGAUCGGGACCGUACAACCCGUCCGGCACAGUCCUUCCGAUGGGAAGUGCUAGCUUUCUCGGCUAGCUAGCUACCUGUUAUGAGAGACCCCGUUGUCUCCGCCCCUUCCGGAUUUGGACCGUACGACACUUUGGACAGUCCUUCCGACGGGAAGCGCUAGCUACCCGGGAUGAAUGUCCCCCUUGGCUCCGCCCCUUGCGGAUCAGGACCGUACGACACUUCCGGAACGUCCUUUCCGAGGACCGUGGGGAUAAUCCACGUUUUUCUUUUACUUUUAUCUUUUUUGUGAUUUCAUAUCGACAAAAAAACAAAACAAAACAAAAAAAACAACCGUGACAUUCCUGUUUUUCCUAGUUAGGCAUUUUCACGGUUCUGUUCCGAUGUUACCGUUGUUAACUCCUCAGCUGCCAUCGACGGUUAUAGACGUCUCAUCUAAAGUUCCGAUCCUAUGAUCACGAGCCGCGUCAUUGGACGUCCAUGACCGUCGAUGGCGCUGAAAGAGUUUUGAUUCAAAGGGAAAAAACAGCAAUAAUGUCAACUAACAUUUAUUUUGUAUUGUAUAUCAGUAGUAUUCACAUGCCUGAAAACAAAUACUUGAAUAUAUCUAUCUAUACAUAAAAAAAAAUGUAUAAAUAUAUAUAUAGAUCUUUUAAUUAGUUUCCGGGGACGUCGUGUUCUUUCCUAUAGUCUGAGCUGUAUUUUACGACGGAGUUUUAGGGCCACGCAAAGAAAAAAAAAAGGAUAAAAGUCAUAAUAUUAUGGGAAAUAUUCGUAAUAUUAUGACAAUUAAGUUGCAACAUGUAAUUUACGUAUUGAACUAACGUGUCUCAAUCAUAAUAUUACGACAUUGUCGUUAUAUUACGAGAUGAAAGUCGUAAUAUAACGAGAUUAGAAUCGUAAUAUGAAGUAGUUGACUAUGUAAUAUGUCAGUAUACGGCACGACUUAAUAUUAAUAUUACAACUUUACAUAACUAAAAUUUGAGAUUUAAGUCAUUUGUUGGUAUCUUAUAAAAUUAAAAGCCUAACUGUUCUAGAAAAAUCAUAAUCAUCGAAAUAUGACGUAACCUUCCGUACUUUUACGCAACAGCUAAUGAUUAGCGUUAGCUAAAUCAUAAUAUGAUGUUACGAUGUAACGAGACAAGUUUUAUGUCGUAAUAUUACAAGGAAUAAGCUGUAAUAUUACGACGUUCAAGUCGUAAUGUUACGAAAUUUUACGUAAUUGACGUACUUGAAGUAACUUUAGAUAAUAGCUAUUGAGUCAUCUUUGCUAACGCACAACAUCAUGACAAGAUUUACUUUGUAAUAUUACAAGAAAAUAAUAUUACGUAACUUUACGUGUAAUUGAUUCAUCUUAGCUAAUCGUAAUAUGAUUUUACAUCUGGCUGCAAUAUUACGAGAUUGAAGUCAUAAUAUGACAUAACUUUACGUAAUAGCUAUUAGUUAAUCUCUGCAAAAUUAUAAUAUUACAGGGUCACAUCAUGUCGUAAUAUUCCAAGAUUUUAGUCAUAAAAUUACGGAAUUUUUUAAUGUAAUAUUACGAGAUCAAAGUCAUGAUAUUACGUAACUUUACGUACUCUACUUAGUAUCUGUUGAGCUUAACAAAAUCAUAAUAUUAUGACGUUACUUCGUAUGUCGUAAUAUUGCAAGAUUUAAAUCGUAAAUAUUCUGAUGAAAAUUUCCUAAUUUGACGUACUUUAAGUAACCUUACAUAAUGGCUAUUGAGUUGUCUUUGCUAACGUCAAACUUCGUAAUAUUACAAGGUCUAAUUUGUAAUAUUACGAGGAAAAAGUCCUAUUACGUAACCACGUACUUUACGUAAUAGCUAUUAAUUCAACUUAGCUAAUCGUAAGUAAUAUGAUAUUACGUCAUACAUCAAAAUAAGGUAAUAUUACAGGAAUUCGGAAUAGUACAAGAAAAAAGCAGAAGUCAUAAUAUUACUUUACUUCACGUACUUUACGUAAUAGCUAUUAAAAUUCAUCUUGGCAAAAUUUGAAUUAUUACAAGGUUAUAUCAUAUGUUGUAAUAUUCCAAAACUUUAGUCGUAAAAUCACCCAAAAAAUGUAAUGUUACGAGAAAAAAUCUGUACUAUUAGGAGAUUGAAGUCAUUAUAUGACGUAACUGUACGUAAUAGCUAUUCAAAAUUAUCGUAUCACGACGUGACAUAAUAUGUUGUAAUAUUUCAAGAUUUUAAACGUAAUAUUACAAGAUUAAAGUCAUAAUAUUACGUAACUUUACAUAACUUUACCUACUUUACAUAAUAGCUGUUGAUUGAGCCUCGCUAAAUCAUUAUGUUACGACGUUACAUCAUACGUCGUAAUAUUGCAAAAUUUAAGUUGUAAAUAUUACGCAAAAAAAAGUCCUAAUUUUAUGUGUUCGACUUAAUAGGUAUUGAUUCCACUUCGCUAAUCGUAAUAUGAUUUUACGUCAUCCAUCAAAAUAUCGUAAUAUUACGGGAAGUCGUAAUAGUACGAGAAAAAAAAAAUAAUAUCAGGAGAUUAAAGUCAUAAUAUGAUGUAACUUUCCGAACUUUACACAAUGGCUAUUAAUUAAUCUUGGCAACAUUACUAAUAUUACGAGGUCAAAGUAAUAUGGCGUAACCUAGCUAUUGAUUCAUCUUGGCAAAAGGAUAAUUUUACGCAUUUACGUAUUAUGUUUCGUAAUUUGACUUACUUUAAUGAUUCAUCUUAGCUAAUCAUAAUACAUGUUAUGUCAUACAUCAAAAUAUCGUAAUAUUACGAGAAGUCGUAAUAGUACGAGAAAAAACUUUUUAAUAUUACGAGAUUAAAGUCAUAAUAUGAUGUAACUUUCCGUACUUUACGCAAUGGCUAUUAAUUAAUCUUGGAAAAAUUACUAAUAUUACGAGGUUACAUAAAAUGUCAUAAUAUUCCAAGAUUUUAGUGAUAAUAUUCCAAGAUUGAAGUCAUAAUAUUACAUAAUUUUAUGCACUCUACGUAAUAGCUAUUGAUUGAGUUUAGCUAAAUCAUAACAUUAGGACAUAACAUCAUACGUCGUAAUAUUCCAAGAUUUUAGUCGUAAAAUAAUGGGAAAAAAUGUGGAAAUUUGACGUACUUUAAGUGAUAGGUAUUGAUUCAUCUUAGCUAAUCAUAAUAUGAUGUUACGUCAUACAUCAAAAUAUAGUAAUAUUUUACGGCAUGACAUCAUAUGUUGUAAUAAUCCAAGAUUACGAUAUAAUUUACGAUAGAAAUGUAAUAUUGCGAGAUUAAAGUCUUAAUAUUACAUAACUUUACAUAAUAGCUAUUGAUUGAUCUUAGCUAAAUCAUAACAUAGCAUAAUAUGACAUGUCAUAUGACAUAAUAAUAUAAUAUUACAUCAUAUGUCGUAAUAUUGCAAGAUUUAAAUUGUCGAUAUUAAGAAAAAAAAUGCCGGCAUUUGAUGUACUUUAAGUAAUAGGUAUUGACUCAUUUUAGCUAAUCAUACUAUGACGUUAUGUCAUACAUCAAAAAUCGUAAUAUUACGAGAAAUCGUAAUAGUACGAGAAAAAAAAAUUGUUAAUAUUACGAGAUUAAUGUAAUAUGACGUAACCUAGCUAUUGAUUCAUCUUGGCAAAAUGAUAAUUUUACGCAUUUACGUAUUAUUUUUCGUAAUUUGACUUACGUUAAUGAUUCAUCUUAGCUAAUCAUAAUAGGAUGUUAUGUCAUACAUAAAAGAUAUCGUAAAGUUACGGGAAGUCACAAUAGUAGAGAAAAAACGCUGUAAUAUAACAACAUUGAAGUCAUAAUGUGACGUAACCUUACGUAAUAGCUAUUGAUUCAUCUUGGCAAAAUUUUACGACGUUACAUCAUAUGUCGUAAUAGUCCAAGAUUUUAGUUGUAAUAUUGCGAGAUUUAAGUCAUAAUAUUACAUAACCUUCGUACCUUACGCAAUAGCUAUUGAUUGAUCUUAGCUAAAUCAUAUUACGACGUCACAUCAUACCUCAUAAAAUUGCAAGACUUAAGCCGUAUUAUUACGGGGAAAAAAAAGUCGUAAUUUGACUUACUUUACGUCAUAGCUAUUGAUUCAUUUCAGCUAAUCAUAAUAUGAUGUUACGUCAUACAUCAAAAUAUCGUAAUAUUGCAAGAAGUCGCAACAUAAUGAGAAAAAAGCUGGAAAAUUACGAGUUUGAAGUGAUAAUAUGACGUGUAAUAUGACUUUUCUCUCAUUUCGUAAGUUUUUAAUCGUAAUUAUUUAUUUUAUAUUUUAUAUUAUAUAUAAUAUAUAUUAUAUUUUAUAUUAUAAUAUUCACUUUAUUUUUAUAUUAUUAUGAAUAAUGAGUAAUAUUACGACUUUUCGUAAAGUUGUGUAAAGUUGUAACGUAGACUUCAUAAUAAUAUAAAUUAUGAAGUCUGUGGUUGUAAAAUUAUGAAAAUUUAGCCGUGCUGCAACCUUACUUAUUAUUUGAAGUACCUCAAGUAAUAUGACGUUAUUAGUGACGGAAUAUUACGUUUUUUCAUACUCACGAUAUUACGACAUAUGACUUCAAUCACGUAAUAUCACGUAAAAAGUUAGGAAAAUGUAACCGUUCCGCAUACGAGAAGAUUUUUUUAAAGUACAUCAAGUAAUAUUACGACAUUCAUCUUGUAAUAUUGUGAUGUUUUUUCUCGUAAUAUUACUUUAUUUUCAUAAUAUUACGAAGUAUGAAUUCAAUAUCGUAAUAUGACAAAGUAACGUAAAGUUACGUAAGGUACUACAUAUGUAAUAUUACGAUUUUAAUCUCGUAGUAUGACUUUUCUCUCAUAACUUUUUCUGUAAUAUUACGACUUUAAUCUCAUAUGAUUAUGACACACGACCAAAAUCUCGUAAUAUUACGAUUUUACAGAAAGUUGUAAUAUUCCGAUUUAACCAUGCUGCAUCCGUACGUAUGACAUAAAAUACCUAAUAUUAUGCCUUUAGUUUUUACUCAUUAUAUUACAACUUCGGUUUUUACUAAUAUUACGGAGUUUGACUUCAAUCCCGUAAUAUGACGAUUUUAAUCUCAUAAUAUGACAACUUUUAUAUCAUAACUUUUUACUCGUAAUAUUACAACUUUAUUUUCAUAUUAUUACAAAGUAUGACUUCAAUCUCAUAAUAUUUAGUAAAGUACAUGAAGUUACGAAAAGUACGUAUGUUAUAAUACGAUUUUAAUCUCAUAAUAUGACAACUUUUUCUCAUAUCGUAAUUUUUUUCUCGGAAUAUUACAACUUUAAUCUCAUACGAAUAUGACACACGACUAAAAUCUCGUAAUAUUAUGUACGUAUGACAUAAAGUACCUAAUAUUACGACUUUAGAGUUUUUAGUUGUUAUAAUACAACUUUUUUUUGGAUAAUAUUACGAAGUAUGACAUCAAUCUUGUAAUAUGACCGAAAGGACAUAAAGUACGUAAAGUACAUAUGUAAUAUUACGAUUUUAAUCUCGUAAUAUUACAACUUUUUCUCAUAUUGCAAAAUUUUUCUGGUAAUAUUACGACUCAUGACUUAAAUGUCAUAAUGUUACGAUUUUACGUAAAGUAUAUAAAUAUUCAAAUUUAGCAGUGCUGCAUCCUUACAUGACAUGGAGUGCGUAAUAUUACGACUUUAAUGUCAUAUUAAUACGAAGUUUGAAGUACAUAUGUCAUAUUACGAUUUUAAUCUCGUAAUGUGACAAUUUUUUCUCAUAUCGUAACUUUUUACUCAUUAUAUUACAACUUUAUUUCCAUAUUAUUAUGAAGUAUGACUUCAAUCUCGUAAUAUUUAGUAAAGUAUGUCAAGUUACGUCAAGUACAUAUGUCAUAAUAUGAUUUUAAUCUCAUAAUAUGAAAACUUUUACUCAUAUCGGAACUUUUUUCUCGUAAUAAUACUUCAAGCUCAUACUAUUCCGACACACGACUUAAAUCUUGUAAUAUUACGACUUUAGGUAAAGUCGUAAUAUUCCGAUUUUGCCGUGCUGCAUCCGUACGUAUGACAUAAAGUACCGAAUAUGACGACUUUAAUCUUGGAGUUUUUCCUCAUAAUUUUACAACUUUAUUUUCCAAAAUAUUACGAUGUACGACAUCAAUCUUGCAAUAUGACGUAAAGUACGUAAAGUACAUAAAGUACAUAUGUAAUAUUACGAUUUCGAUCUCAUAAUAUUACAACUUUUAUUUUCAUAACGUUUUUCUCAUAUUACGACUUUAAUGUCAUACUAUUCCAACACAUGACUUAAAUCUCGUAAUAUUAGGAUAUUACAUAAAGUUGUAAUAUUCCGAUUUUGCCGCGGUGCAUCCGUACGUAUGACAUGAAGUACCGACUAUGACGACUUUUAUUUUGAGUUUUUACUCGAAAUAUUGCUUAUUUUCAUAUUAAUAUGAAGUAUGACCACAGUCCCGUAAUAUGACGUGAAAAACGUAAAAAUACGUAGUAUUACGAUUUAGCUGUACUGCAUCCAUACAUAUGUAACAUUACGACGUUUUUCCCAUAAUAUGAUUACAGUCUGAACGCAGACUAAUCUUACAAUGCUAAUAAUGCUAAAAAUAUCGUAAUAUUAGGCUUUCAACUUUCACCAUUUUAGGCGUAAUUUCUUCUGUUUUUUUUUUUUUUUUUUUUUUGCGUGGCCCUAAAACUCGCUGGUCGUAUCUUGCGUAAUGAGCCGUCAAGCUUUUUUUUUUUUUCUUUGUUUGUUGAAAUACAAAUAAGGGCACUGUAUAAAGGCAUUAUUUAUUUUGUUAUAAAAUAUAUUUGAAAAUGGGUCCAAAUAAUAUGCGCAGCACUGAUGCUCGACUGACGGAUUUAUUUUGUAUGUUUUCCAUUUGGAGCUGGAAGGCUUUUUUUUUUUUUUUUUCUAGAUGCUUUGUACCAAAAAUAAUGUCUUUUAUCCCCCCCACCCCCCACCUUUUUGCUCACUCGCCAUCAAUAUUUUAACAGCGUCACCUAGCGGGAAUGUUAUCUUACGUCACCCACCUCAACGCUGGCAAAAAUGUCCAUUUUGUAUUCAAGACACUUUAGUGCGGUUCGCCCCUCGAUGCCUGAAUGAUGUUGGCUUUGCGUGGAAGUUAAACGCAUGAAUUUUCACAUUUUUAAAAUGCUUACAUGUGUGACAGUUUUGAUCCAAAUCAUGUCAUUUAUUCAUAAAAAAUAUUCAGGAUAUUAAAGCUCACCAGGCUACAGUUUUUUCUUGUGGCAAAAAUGUACAGUUCCCAUUCAUUUCCAAUGAGCAAAAUUUCCCAUUCGUUUCCUAUGGCCUUAUUCGACAUGCCAUUAACAGGAAGUGACACGUGAUCAAUGGGAAGUGACCCGUUAUCAACCGGAAGCAUGCCCAGGAAUUAACAGGGAGCGACCUGUUAUAAACAGGUAGUAACCCAAAAAUGCCCACUAUUCAACAGGAAGUGAGUCAAUAUCAACAGGAAAUGACCCGGAAAUGCCUGCAAACCAACAGGAAGUGUCCCUAAAAUGUCCCCAAAUCAACAGGAAGUGACCCAUUAUUAACUGGAAACACCCUGAAAUGCCCCAAAGUCAACAGGAAGUGACCCCAAAAUGUACCCAAAUCAACAGGAAGUGACCCAAAAAUGCCCACUAUUCAACAGGAAGUGAGUCAAUAUCAACAAGAAAUGACCCGAAAAUGCCUAAAUGUACCCAAAUCAACAGGAAGUGACCCUAAAAUGCACCCAAAUCAACAGGAAGUGACCCAAAAAUGCCCACUAUUCAACAGGAAGUGACCCCGAAAUGCACCCAAAUCAACAGGAAGUGACCCAAAAUUGCCUACUAUUGAAAAGGAAGUGAUUUGAUAUCGACAGGAAGUGACUCAGAAAUGCCCCCAAAUCAACAGGAAGUGACACUUUAUUAACCGGAAACACCCUGAAAUGCCCCCAAGUCAACAGAAAGUGACCCCAAAAUGCACCCAAAUCAACAGGAAGUGACCCAAAAAUGGCCACUAUUCAACAGGAAGUGAGUCAAUAUCAACAGGAAAUGACCCAGAAAUGCCCCCAAGUCAACAGGAAGUGACCCCGAAAUGCACCCAAAUCAACAGGAAGUGACCCAAAAAUGCCUACUAUUGAAAAGGAAGUGACCUGAUAUCAACAGGAAGUGACUCAGAAAUGCACCCAAAUCAACAGGAAGUGACCCAAAAAUGCCCACUAUUCAACAGGAAGUGACCUGAUAUCAACAGGAAGUGACUCAGAAAUGCACCCAAAUCAACAGGAAGUGACCCAAAAAUGCCCACUAUUCAACAGGAAGUGACCUGAUAUCAACAGGAAGUGACUCAGAAAUGCCCACAAAUCAACAGGAAGUGACCCAAAAAUGCCCACUAUUCAACAGGAAGUGACCUGAUAUCAACAGGAAGUGACCCAAAAAUGCCCACUAUUCAACAGGGAGUGACUCAGAAAUGCACCCAAAUCAACAGGAAGUGACCUGUAUCUACAGGAAGUGACGCAGAAAUGCCCGCAAAAAUCAACAGGAAGUGACCCAAUAUCAACAUGAAGCGACCCCAAAAUACCCCCAAAUCAAGAGAAAGUGACCUGAUAUCAACAGGAAGUGACCCAAAAAUAACCCCUAUUCAACAGGAAGUUACCCAGAAAUGUCUGUAAAUCAACAGGAAGUGACCUGAUAUCCACGGGAUCUGACGCCAAAAUGGCUCCAAAUAGACAGGAAGUUACCCGAUAUCCAUGGGAUCUGAUGCCAAAAUGCCGUCAAAUCGACAGGAAGUGACCCCAAAAUACCCCCAAAUCAACAGGAAGCGACCCAUUGUUAUCCGGAAACACCCUGUAAUGCCCCCAAGUCAACAAGAAGUCACCUGAUAUCAAGGAAGUGACCCUGAUCAACAGGAUGUGACCAAAUAUCAACAGGAAGUAACCCUGAAAUGUCCCCAAAUCAGCAGGAAGUGACCUGAUAUCAAGGAAGUGACCCUGAAAUGUCCUUAAAUCAACGGAAAGGGACUCAGAAAUGCCCCCAAAUUAACAGGAAGUUACCUGUUGCUAACAGGAAGUGACCCAGAUAUGCCCCCAAAUCAACAGGAAGUGACCUGAUAUCGAGGAAGUGACCCUGAAAUGUCCCCAAAUCAACAGGAACGUGACUCUGAAAUUCCGCCAAAUCAAUAGAAACUGACCCAAUAUCCGCAAGAUGUGACCCUUAAAAUGCCGCCAAAUUAAAAGGAAGUGACCCAAUAUUGAUAGUAAGUGACCCCAAAAUGCACCCAAAACAACGGGAAGUGACCUCAUAUCGACAGGAAAUGACCAUGGAGUGCCCCCAAAUCAACAGGAAGUGACCCAAAAUCAAUAGUAAGUGACACAGAAAUCCCGCCAAAUCAACAGGAAGUGACAGCAAAAUGCACUCAAAUCAACAGGAAUUGACCUGAUAUCAACAGGAAGUGACCCAGAAUUUCCUCCACAACAAUAGGAAGUCACCUGUGAUCAACAGGAAGUGACCCAUUAUCCACUGGAAACACCUUGAAAUGCAGGAAGUGAGUCAAUAUCAACAGGAAAUGACUUGAAAUGUUACCCUUUUUUUCAU